CGCCUUUGGUCCCCCGUUCAGCCAGUCAACUUCAGUUCGUUUCCCACUUCGGUACCAAACACUCGAUUUUGUGUCCGCUCCAUCGGCAAUUACUUACCCAAAAAAAAAACCGACAAAAUAUAGACAAAGGGGAGUAGAAAUUUGAAAAACCCAAAGCAAGUCAAGAUGUGUGGUGGCUGGGCCUGUUGUUCGUAUAACCUCGCCUGUUGCAAUCCGCGCCUGUCAACCCUGCGAUUCACAGGGCGUUGCUUUGCACCCACGCCCUGCGGUCCAGGUGAUGACUGCUCCGUCUAUGGCUGCUGCGGCGGCUGCUGCGGCUGCUAGGUCAACUCCUGGAGUGGUCA